AUGAUCACGAUCCUGGGCGCCCUGACUUGCUUGGCGUGGCCAUGGCUUCCACGCCGCACAGGCCCCGCGCUGCCCGACAACGACAUGCAGUCACUCAAGGACGAGCUCGAGCGGAUGCGUGAGCUGAUGCGGGCAUCGGGCAUGGCCGCAGGAGGUGACCAUGGCGAAGGAGGACCCGACGGCGAGACCGAGGGGAUGGCCGCCGCCGUGCCCUUUGGGAUUCCCGGUGGGGCCCCCGCCCAUCCGCCCGCCCUCGGCGCCAGCGGCACCGUCGCCAGCGGCUAUGCGCCUGCGGGGGCCAGCGCCCUCGGCGACUUGGCGGGCUGGGCGGGGACGCCUGGGACCGCGGGUGGCGGCGAGGCCGUCCAUCGUCCCACCGAGGUCGGCGCCACCAGCAAGGCAGGCGCAUCCCUCGUGAAGGACUACUUGAUGACCACCAGCGCCACCGCCCACGCGGACCCCUACUGGGCCACGAAGUUCUGGGACUCAGUGGCGAGACUCGAGCAGGGCGGCCGCCUCGACGUGUCCGUGGUGCACCUCUUGCGCGGGCACGGCUACGUGGGCGCAGGCGCCGUCACGGUGCCGAGGGUGGCCGACCUGGCCCGAGGGCUGGAGGCCUUGGCCUCCAGUGCUGCGCCCGCCCUCGGCGGGGCGGCGGGCCGCCCGCUGGGCCUCGGAGGCUUGGCCACGGCGGGAGGAGGCAGCCAGGAGACGAGAUGGGGAGCCAGCCUCCCGCCAGACAUGCAGAGGGCAGGCGCGGAGAUAUAUCGAGCGAUGGGAGCAGAAGGAUGUACUUCUACGCGAGAUUGGUUGUCGGCGCGAUGCGGCGGGAGCCGCGCAUCGCCCGCGUGGACCGAUCUAUGGACGUUGGCAUCUACCGUGGACUUUGCCGUGCGGGACUGCAAGACCGAGGAUGACCUCAUGAAGUUCCUGAGUACCAACGACCUCAUGGAGAUCUCCCUCCGCCGCCUGGCGGCGUAUAUGUAUGAGAGCAGGUCCGGUGACCGCACGGGAGCGCUCCACAUGCUUGGGGUAUCACCUCCAGGCAGCCAGACCGACGUCGCGCCGAGCUGGCUGGUUCAGUCGGCCACCGCCCACAGCAGAGCAGAGCACCAGAGGAACGAGAGAGUGGCCGCCGACCUGAGACGGCGGGGCGGCAAGGGCGACAAGGGCGAGAAGGACAAGACCAAGAAGGCAGCUACCAGCCGAGGCAGUGAGUGCGGCCGCUGGGUCCAGAGGCAAGUGCUGGACGAGACCCACGGGCUGCGCGAGUUGCUGCACGCGGCGCCUGGCGCCAAAUUGUACCCGAUCCCUUUGGUAGAGGCUCCUGGGCGGCCAAACAGUACGUCCAAUCGCCUACGCCAGCGUUUUCACAAGAAGUUCGCCCUGAUGACUUCGGCUAAUGAAUACUUGUCUGCUCUGAACGCCAUGCAUCGGGGAGACUGCCGAGAGCUCACACGGGGGAGCCGUGAUCAUGAUCGUUUGAAGGAGAUGCUCCCCCACCACCAACGAAUUCAGCGGCUGGCUCUACGUGGGGCAGCGCGUCUUCGAGAGGCGCGCCGGGGCUGCGGCCUGACAGGCGCCCAAGCCAUCGAGAAGUUGGUGAAAUCGGCAGCUCUAUCAUACACAGGAGCCCAGAGGCGCAAGACUGCGCAUGAGACCCUUCGAGCCGAUGCUGUAGAUGAGCCCCUGGAUCCCCGAGUGGCGCCCAUGUUGUCCGCUUUGAGUCCAGAGGAAGCUGCCUUCUACUCCGAGGAGGCCCAAGUAGUAGCGGCCCCAGAGGCCCGUUCGCAAGCCAUCUUCAGGGAGCUCGAGCAGCAGUACGGUUUCGCUGGAGGAUCUGAGGAGAAGUACGCUAGAUAUUUCUUGAGGCAGGACAUCGCCCCCAAUCUCUGGAAGUUUGGGUUUCGUGAGGACGUUCGAGCAAUUGCAGGAUUCUCGGUGGUGCCCAAGAAAGACCCAGCUAAACAACGUAAGAUUAUCAUGAUGGUGGCCUCGAACUAUAUGUUUCAAGAUGUACGUCCUCGCGAGGAGCAUGAACUCCACGGCGGGGCAGCCCUUGCCAGCGUGCACGUGCCGAGCGAUUUCGUCAGCGCGUCGGCCUUCGACGAGAGCAAUGCUUUCACCUCGGUGGAGGUACCUGAGUGGAUGUGGGCCGUCUACAUCCUGAUGACUAUUAAUAUGACCAGCGUGGGCCGCACGCUCGUUCGUAGCUGCGGCCUGUGGCGGGGCUGCUCGGAGGAGGAUUUCGACGUCAAUGAGGAGGGCCAGUUUUUGGGUAAGAACGACGAGGAUUGGGCCCAGGAGAGCAAAGUUAAGAAAUCCGAGGACGUAGGUAAGGGGUUCACCGUGGACGGUUGGGUUCAGAAGGUCCUAGAGGUUAAGACGUCGGGGAAGGAUGUCGUUGUCGUCAUGCACCUGUUCGCGGGCCCGAGGCGGCCAGGGGAUCUGGAAGAGUGGCUCCACGUCUUGGGGGCCUCGCACGGCCUUGAAAUCUUGGUGCUCUCGUGUGACCUAGAGCUGGACCCCAACUGGGACCUCACCAUUCCUGAGACCUUCCAGAAGUUGUGGGGCUUAGAUCCAUACCCCUCAGUUUACAGCACGGAGGUGAUGUGUGCCAUGGAGGAGCGCACGACGGCCGUACGCGUGAGUCUUGAUCAGUGCAUGUACGGCGGCUUGGCUCGCAAGGCGACCGCGCUGUCGGGCACGGACCACAUAGGCUCCAGGGCCUCGAACAUUUCCAUGCAUCGAGCUGCCGACGACCUAGUGGAGCUGGGUUUGAAGGUUACCGAUCGGCGUGAAUCAGACGAGGUGGACAAGGUUGUAGGUUAUGAGAUCCAGCAACAUCCUGCUCGACUUAGGUUACCUGCUCCGAAGGCCGCGGCCCUGUACGAGGCCAUGCUCUACCUAGAACGUCGCACCUGGGUGUCUCUGGAUGCCGUAUCUUCACUACUGGGAGUCUGGGUUUGGGCGGCGCUGCUGGCUCGGCAUUGGCUUGCAGCGCCGCAACAUAUCUUCCAGUUUGCUAAGCAGAACGAGGGGUUCCCUGGGCGUCGAGGGCUCCGCAGAUGGUGGCCCAGUGCUCUGAGAGAAUGGAGGGUUAUGAGGUGUGGGAUCAUGGGGCUCCACGUGGACCUGGGGGCCCCCAUCUCGGAGGUGGUUCUGGCUACGGAUGCUGAGGGGUCGAACGGUCUAGACUGCGGGGGCUACGGUUUUGUCGCCACCGCGACGUCGGACAACGAGGCCCGCCUGCUUUGGGAAGCCGGGACUAGACCUGGAUAUGCUCUCGCGCGCCUGGGUCAGGAGAAGCGCGUCCUCGAGAAGGCCCCCCGCUCGUUGCACCCCAACCUCCCUGUCAGUUCGGUCCCGAAGGAGAUCUGGGAUACGGCUCGCUCCUGGAUCCCAGUCGCUGCCGGUCGGUGGAGGUGGGGGGAGCACAUCGCGGUGGGGGAGAUGAGGGCUGUCGUUCUGGCGCUGGAGAGGUUGGUGCAAGUUCUAAGUUUCUAUAGGAGUAGUGACAUCUUUCGAGGGCGUCCAGCAGGCCAGGACGAUCCAGAAGUGAUCGAUGUGCAUGAGGAGGGGAGGGUCUCUAAUUCUACCAUCCUCAAGUAUAAGGAGGCGGUUGUCCCUCUUAUCAAGUGGUGUGUCAAAGAGGCGGUGGAGCCGUUCACCCCUGACCAGUGGGAUGACGCUAUCAUGGACUUCAAGAGGUUUGGGGGCUCCGAGGCUGUGGGGAUGGGGGUCCAGACUAAGUCCAAGUUCACCCUGCUCCUCGCGGCGGUGGAGUUCCGCUUUCCGCGCAUGGAGGGGAGGCUGUGUCGAGUUAGGGCGGCCCUCAAGGGCUGGGACUAUGCUCACCAACCUCGUCAUACCGCCCCCAUGAUCAGUAACGUGCGCGCCUGGAUGUGUAUUCAUUUUUGUGCCAGGGGCGUGCCGCGCCUGGGUUUCGGCAUCGUGAUCCAGGGCAAGUUCGGGAUGAGACCAAGUGAAAUGCUGGGAGUUGAGGCUGACGACAUUACCCUUCCGGAGGACUGGGGUUAUCCUGGAGGCUCUGGGCCUGUCGUCAUCGGUCUGGGGAUCAGGGCAAUGACGAAGGCCAAGCGCCCGCAGUCUGUGUCUUUCCAGGAGGAGCUGGAGCCGGGCCUCGCAUACCGUACCCUCAUAAAGACCGUGCAGGCCUCGUUCAACCUUGACGUCGGGUGGGGGCCGCACAGCCCUCGCGCCGAGUUUGCUUCGGAGUCGACCGCCCUCGGGAUCCCUUUCGAGACCAUCAGGGAAAUGGGAAGGUGGGGGGUCGACUCCUCGCUGCGCAUCUAUAUUGAUGUGGUUCAAGCGUCACAGGUAGGUACAGCUCUACGUGCAGCAGGUUUGCAGCCAGCCCUGGACUGGGCUGCUCGCUACUGGUACCCUACGUUCCGCCAAGCUUUCGAUGGUUGGGCCGCGCUCCGCAAGGGCGCUGCCGCACAGGCCAAGGGCGAGGGCGUGGAGUCGGGCUCGGAGGUGGGCUCGUGGCUGGACGUGGGCAGCCCGGGAGCCAGCUCGGCGAGGGCGCCCGCCACGCCGAUGCAGAACCGCGCGGACACGCCACCUCCUCGGACCCCAGGGGGCCUGGGCAUGGGUGGGGCCUACUACCCUCCAGUGCCGCCGUGGGGUGCUACCACGCCGCCACCGUUCCCGGAGGUGCCGCCGCUGCCGCCAGCCACGCCCAAGGUCAGUGCGAAGAUGCAGGCGGCAGCGGGCAAGCCUCUUGCCAAAUCGCUUAGUGCGGGCAAGGGCGACCAGCUACAGUGGGUGAUGAAGUGCGUGCCGUCAGGACCUCUUCUGGGCAAGCUCGUGCUGGCCGCCAUGCUGCUGAGAAUCCUCCCCGCCAGCCUCUUCCCCAACGCCGCCAGGGGCCUCAUCGUCAUGACGGACGUGGCGGAGGAGGUGGGAUCCGCGGCGGGAAGGAUCGUGACGGCAGGAGCGAAUGUGAGCACGAGCGCAGCGAAGCUCGUGUCGGCAGUGACGGAUGGGUCAAUCGGCCUGGUCGAGGCGGCUUGGCGCGGCGUCGACCUGCUGGACGUUCAGGUGCUGGGCAGCACCGGCAGGUUCUCCGUCGAGGAUGAAAACGACUGGCCCGCCUUCCUCCAGGAGCCGGAGGUCCAGCAGGCACUGCAGCUCGAGCCGGAGUUUUCUGAUGAACUGGAGCGCCUUUUGCUCUACUCCUCGGCCACUAGGCCGAGAGGCGAAUUCACACACAGUGCUUUCCGUUCUCCUAAGAGUUACCAGUCCGUGAGUUUUUGGGUCCGCUGGCUUCCCAGCGGCCACGUCGGGAUCGCCUGGAGGGUGGUCACGAUCCGCUUUCGCCCGCAGUGGGCGAACCCAGUGUGGGGGCUGCUCGGCAUGGAUGAGACCGCCGAGGCGCCAGCCAUGGCCGAGCAGCUCAAGGUUUUGGCGGAUUCGUCCUUUCCCGCGCCUGAGCUCGAUCUCGGCCCCGAGAUGCUCCGUGGCACUCCCGCCCUCCCUGGAGGGUCCACUCGCAGGCUCGUCCGACGUGUACGCCGCGCAGUGGCGCGGGUCCUUCAGUUUCUUUUCCCUUUCAGCAGGCGCGAGCAGCCGCGCCUCCUGGAGCCAGACCGCACAGCGAAUACGGGCGACGGGUGGCACUGGCCUGGUUUCGGCUGGAGAGGUGCCGCUCGCGGGUGCGGGUGGUGGUGA